AUGAGCAACGCGUUGCCGAGAAUAAUUUUUGUUUUAUGGAGUGCAAUUUUUACAACAACAUUCGCUAAUUAUUGCCCGAAUGGGGCAUUCGAUUAUGGAGGAUUAGGGGAGUGUGUUCUCGCUGUCGAUGCUCCUACAUCAUUUGACAUGGCUCAAGCAACAUGUAAGGCCCUUGGUGGACAGCUAAUUCAGAUUAACUCGGAGACGGAAAAUUUUAUGGCUGUGGUUGCGGCAGUGAAAACUCUUUCUGGUACUCAAACGACAGCUUUGAUUGGAGUGGUGAACAAAAAUAAUCAAUCGCGAAUCAAUGCUGAUGGAACUGUGCUGAACUAUUGGCGUUUUGCUUCUGCGGAUGAAUACUCGAAGCCCGAUGGGUGCACCGUUCUCAACUUCACCGAUUUCAAUUGGUAUUCGGCUAGUUGUGCCACAUCGAAUCCAUUCAUCUGUGCAUUCUCUGAUCAAGGAGGAGCACAAUGCUCAUCGGGUUGGACUUUCAACGAACUAACCGGGAAAUGUUACUACUUGCAGAACGUUUUGCAAAACGAUUCAAUCCCAAUGUAUACUCGAUCAACAGCCGAGACUAUGUGCCAAUCAAUGGGCGCUCAUUUGGCAUCGAUUCACUCGGAUGCUGAGGAUAUUUUUAUAAGAAAUCUUGCUGCAACAAGUCGAAAAGAUGAAAUGUGUGUGGAUUGGGGUGUCGUCAUUGGGGCGACGUGUAGUGAGACGGAAGGGAAAACUUGGACCGAUGGAUCGCCAUUCAACUACGAUCUCACCGAUGGGGAGUGUGCUGAGAGUUACACGAUCGUGAACGACGAGCACUGUCGGGGAAGUCUUCAGAAUAUUUGGGACAGCCAUGACAAUUUCAAAUACGCUCGUUUCGUUUGCAAAAAGGAUCCACAA